AUGGGUCGCCGUAAAAUUGAGAUCAAGAAAAUAGAGAACAAAGACUCCAUGUACUCCACCUUCACGAAGCGACGCAACGGUCUCUUUAGGAAGGCGAGGAAGCUUGCUGCCUUGAGUGGUGCCGACGUAGCUGCUAUUGUGUUCUCGCCGAAUAACAAGCUGUAUACAUACGGGCAACCAUCGGUGAACUCCGUGGUGGAUCGCUUUCUUGGGGAACAAGAACAACCCAUGCAUGGCCGAGAUAGUGGAGAUUUCUUGGGAGCGAAGCAAGAGCAAGAGCAAGAAAGGGCCGUGGCCGGAGGGAGGGAGAGUAGUGGGUUUUUGUCGUCAGACGAGCAGAUUCAUGAUUUGGAAUUGCAUGAACUUGAGCAGUGCAAGGGUUUCAUGGAAGAGUUGAUGAAAAAGGUCGCAGAUCGACUAGAUGAGACGGUGAUGAGGAGGGUUUGUUUGAAGGAUUUUCUGUGCAUGAAUUCGACAUAA